GGACCAACUUGUUUGGUUUGGCAUCGAUUGAGCUUGUAGCGCCAUGGCCCCAAAGGUUCGUUGUGCUCAGUCCAAGGAAGCGGCAGCGAAGAUGGAGGCUGAACUUCUCCAGCAGCUCGAAGAAGGAGGCACCAUGGAGGGGCUUCAAGCGGUCUUUUCUGCGCUGGCAGCCAGCGAGACCUUCGUGUCGCACUUCUAUGGCCGUAUGCCCUUCGUCCUGGACUGCGGAGAUCUGGUGGCCCAUCGCUGGACUUUGGAGGAUCAAGUGCUAUUGCUCCGACAUGAGAGCUAUGAGGUCUACCAAAAGGAUGCAUUGCCGAAAAAGCCGAUCCAACUGACGGGUUACAGUCGCUUCACACAUCCUGCCAUUGGCCAGGCACAGGCGCACAGCUUCAUGGUCGACACGACCGAGGUGGUCGACACGACCGAGGCCUCGGUGCGGCAAGGCUUGGAGAUGGGCACUUGGGUGAUCAGCAGUGGGAAUUCCCUGUCACCGCAGCUGGCGCAGAUUUGUCUUGCGCUGCAAAGCUCUUUCCAGGUGCCAUUUGUGACGACCAAUGUCUACAUCUCUCGCUUGGACUCACCCAUCACGGCGCCUUUGCACACAGAUCGCUUUGACUCCUUCAUCAUGCAGACGGAGGGCGCCAAGCGUUGGAGGAUCUUCGGCCCCGGCGCGGCCACGCCGCGCUGGCCCGUGCUGGAUGCUGGGAUGAGCGACAGGGGCAAAGCGGGGGACGUGCUCUAUUUGGAACAGGUCGGCCCCUUGCUACUGGAUGAAUGUCUCAAAUCUGGCGAAGUCGUGUACCUGCCAAGGGGCUUCCCACACGCAACCAGCACCUUCCAGACCAGUUCGGUGUCUGGGAAAACGGGCUACUCCACGAGCUUGACGGUGAGUUUGCUGCUGGAGUCGGUGGGCCUCACCGUGGACAAGGUCCUCCGCUGCGCUGCCGGGAUCCACGAGGGCCGGAACGCGCUGGGGCAAUGCUUUGGUGCGGAAGAGAUUCUGGUGGCCACGCCACAACACGAGUCACUGCGCGCUACGCUGCCCAUUGGCUUUCUAGCGCCCUUAGUGGCACCGGAGCUCCGUAGAUCUGCCAAGACGCAUGAGGAGCAGGAGGAGAUCUGGGUGGAGGGCAUGGUGAAAGAGAUGAAUCGCUUGGCAAGGAGUUGCCAACUGGCCCGCUGGCUAGCGGAGCGGGACAUGCUUGAGAAAGUGCUACGCAGGGUGCUGAGCUACCUCUGGCAUGCCCUUCCGCAAGCGACGGAGUGGUGCCGAGAGCGGGUUUACUCCACAGGCGCGGUGCUGAAGCAGAUCGAGCCCGACCAGCGUCACGAGGUGCCGAAGCAUCGGGGUUCGAGAGGCUGCAGCUCUUGGGACGGUUCGUUUUCGCACGGUUGCCUUGAUCGAUUUCGGAGGUGGAAGAAAAGGCCCUGGUGGAGUUCCCCUUCUUUCCCGCGGAGGGCCUGAUGUAUGUCUCUUGGACAGUUAGGGCCGAUUUCGGGCGAUUUGUUGGAUCGAACUGUGUGAUGUUGUGAGGCUCAUUGACUCGACUGGACUGUCCGGCAGGGCCAGAAGUUGUCGGGCGGCUCGCCUCCCUCGCGCGCUACCGUCCGACUUGCAUCGAGUGGCACGGCCUGGCAGUUCCAACGGGUUGGGCACAAGUGGAGCCCUCCCAAUCUGCGAGACCACGGAGACCGUGAAGUUUCCAAGGAUGUGCCAAGGAUGUCGAAGACCAAAUUUGGGAUCAAUCAGGCACAAACCUGAGACCAAUCAGACCAGUUGAUUCCAGGGUUCCAGGGCGCUUCUUUUUCCCAAACAGGUUGACCUGUGAGGGAACCCCUCACUUGUAUCAAAAACGGCUUUGCUGGUCGUAGAGUUUCUCCGCUGGUCUCUGCUUGUCGCUGGAUUGCUCGGAUAGCCUUUUGUGCGGCAUCUCCAGUUCCGGCUGGCUUUGUUUGGGUUGGCUGCUAUUCGUGGUAUGUGUUGUUUCCCCGGAGGUCUCUCGCUGUGUUGGGCCGACUCCGUUUGCAUAGGAAAUGAAGGUGAAGUUGGUGUGAUGAGACGACGUAAGCCAGUGUCUUUCGUUCAGCACAAGAGCUUAGCUAGACUGACCUGCGCCUCGAAGGCGCCAAGAAAAGGCCGAUGUUCCUUUCUGCUUCAUUUUUCUACUUUUGGUCGUUGGGUCCAUGCUGGAAUCCUUUUU